CGAUGUGGCUCUCAACGCUUAGCGGGCGGGCCUACGUGAUAAUUGCCGGAACGGUGAAUAAUGGGGCGGGAAAAUUGAUAAUCGCGGCAUGUCCGUGCGGCGGCGGGCACCCGUACGGGACAUAAUGUGAUAAUUGAUGAGGAAUUGCAAUUAACUUUGGUUUAAUGUGACUCGAGUUGUUGUAAUUAGCAAUAAUGACUUAGUUCCCCUAAUUAAUUUCCCGGGACAGUCCAUUGAUUAAGGCAGUGCAGCACAAAGCCAGCGCUCCGCGGCUUAUUUGCACAGGACUGCGGAAAGCCGGUGACGCACGAGCCCCAGCCGGCCCCGCCAGGUCCGCCCCGUCCCGCCCCGCACGGUAGCGGUGGCCGUCGCUGCGUCUGACAGGUUUAUUUCCAACAACAGAGAAAACAUAUUGAAACUUUGUGAACGGAUUUAUUGAUCACGCUACUGCAGUGUUGCCAAAGAGCCUGACAGAGGAGUGCCUUGAAGGAGGUCAUCCCUGCUCCCAGCGGGGCCGCAGCGUGAUAAGGACUGCCCCCUUGAGGACGUUACAAUACACCUGAAGUGAGAAUGCCAAGCGGGGCCAUGGAGGAAGGUUCCAACGGCAAGACCCAUUUGGAGCGGUACUCGAGUGGAUCCUCCUACAGUGGCAGCCGCCGCCACAAGCCAGACCGGCCGCCCAAGUAUGAAAAGAUUCUACACGAACACGGGGGUCAGCCUGCCGCGGCCCGCUACGAGAAAAAGCAACUGGUAAACGAUGUCGUUGAUAAGAUUUAUGACCGCGCUCAGUACGAAGUGGAGCAGCUCCCCGCAGAGAGAGUAGCGGAGGACAAGUUCCCGGAGGAGAGGGCGUCGGUGGGGCCGGGCAGCCGCUAUGACCGCCUUGGCCGCGCCUCUCUCAGCAAGAGUAUCACAGACGGCGCGUACCGGGACUCCCAGAGGGACAAAUACGAGAGGCUGGACAAAAGCAAGGAGGCGAAGAAACCCGACGUCGGCGGCGGCGGCGGCAAUGACAAAAGCAAUAACACUAAGCCGCCCAAGACGUCCCACAGCAAGAGCCACAAGCCCUCGGCGGGGGAGUUGGCGCUGCUGCACGGCGUGUGUCGCUGCGCCGCCAUGGGAGGCCGCCCCCAUCUACACCGCAGCCUGGACGACAAGAAGACGGUGGGCGUGGGCGUGCCGUGCAUCAGGUCGGGCAGCAUGGGCGACUCAGACCUCUUCAGCAGCGGGCGGGGGUGCUCGAGGCGGUGGUGCGUCUGUCUGGUCCUCGCCGUGCUCUUCGUCUCCCUCGGAGCUGCCGCCGGCAUCUACUUCGCCUAUCAGUUUCUGGGCCUCGAGCUGCCCCACGAGAGGGUGUUCCGCGGCUCCUUCGAGGUGAGGAGCGGCGACAGGUGGAGUUCGCAGCUGACCGACGUGUCCAACCCUUACUACGUCAGCACGGCGCAGCAGUACGCGGCGCGCCUCGACUCCAUCUACCAGAACUCCGUCUUCCAGAACGCCUUCAUCCGAUCCGAGGUGUUGACGCUUGAUAGGGGCCCAAACGAUGCACUGGUGGUCCACUUCAACCUCCACGUCAACUACCGCCGCCUCCACCUCGACGCCGCCGACCUCUACCUCGUGCUGGUCUCUGAGAUCCGCAAACCAGACUCAGCGGCCCUCAGCGGCAUCACAAUCGAUGAGGACAGUGUCGAAAUCCAAGAGAGGAAGCGGGAGCACUACAAGGAGAACAUGCCGCCACACUUCCCCACGCCCGACUCGGAGCACCACACCGGCUCCAGGUUGUACAAGGCGCCCUCCCGCAGCGGCCCCACCACGCCCACGGCCCCGCCCACCACCACGCCCCCGCCCAGGCGCUGCCGAGCCCUGGACGUGAGCCUGUGCUCCUCCCUGCACCACAACCUCACCACCUACCCCAACCUGCUCGGCCACCAGGACGCGGACGCCGUGGAGCGGGACAUCCACAUCCUCAGGCAGGUGAUAGACUCGGAGUGCCACCCGCUGGCGCAGGAGUUCCUGUGCGAGCUGGUGCAGCCGGACUGCCGCCGCGCCCUGACCAUGUCGCCGAGCGGGUUGUUCGAGGACCUGCUGGUGAGCCCUUGCCGGGACUUCUGCGAGGAGGUGAUGAGCAGCUGCGCCACGAACCUGCCGCCACGCCUCAAGAGGGCCGUCAACUGCUCGGUUCUGCCCACCCUCAACGCCGGCAACAAGUGCACCACAAAGCCAGGGUGUGCCAGAGAGCUGCAGGCGAAGGGGUGGCCGGAGAGGGUGUGCGACGGUGUCAUCGACUGCGCCGACAUGUCUGACGAAGAACAGUGCUCCAAUUGUGGAUCCAAGGCCUUCAGGUGUGGCUCCGGGCCGGCCUGUGUCACGCAGGAGCGGCGCUGCGACGGCAUCGAGGACUGCCCCAACGGGUCCGACGAGCGAGGCUGCCUGUCCCUGACGCCGACGCCCACCGACCCCGACGCCCUCAAGGAGCAGCAGUGGACCAAGUACAACCGCGAAGGGCUGCUGCGGUACACGGAGGGCGGCGUCCCGUCCCGCGUGUGCGUCGACAACAUCAACAAGACGCUCACCACGCAGGAGGCGCACCAACUCAUCCACAACAUGGCCGAAGUCACCUGCGACCUCCUCUCCUACGGGGGCGUUCAGCUGGUCGAGGUGGUGGCCGAAGACGUGUACGACCAUGUGCCUGGCCUGGGCUACGUGCAGAUCACCGACGUGUUCUCCACCAACAUCACGUUCGAGCCCGUCAACUGUUCCCGACGCACUGUGGUCUACAUGGUGUGCUCCGAGUUAGCAUGCGGGGUGCGUCCACUGUACUUGGCGCCGCGCAGCCCCGUGGUGGAGGGCGGCGUUGUGCGGACGGUGGAUGGCGGCGACUGGCCCUGGGCGGCGGCUCUGCUGAAGGACGGCGUGCAUGCCUGCGACGCCACGCUGAUCCACACGGCCUGGCUCCUCACCACCUCCCUCUGCUUCCAGGGGCAGGGGCGGGCGCUGUGGGUGGCGCGGCUGGGCGGCAUCCGCAUCUCGUCGCAGGCGCCGUGGGUGCAGGAGCGGCUCAUCGUGGGCAUGGUCAAGUCGCCGGUGGUGGGAAGCAAGAUCGUCCUCAUCAAGCUUGCUGACUCUGAGCUGGAGCUGAGCGACUACGUGAGGCCCGCCUGCCUGGGCUCGCACGCCGCCGUCAGUCAGCUGUCCAAACGGAACUGCCGCAGCUUGGGGUGGGGCGUCAGGCGUGACCCACUGAUGGAGCUGUCGGUGCGUGUGAACCCCGGCGAGGCGUGCCAGCGACUGGACGGCUUCAGGGAGAACACCAUCUGUGCUCAGCAGACCUCGCCCACUGACAGAUGCCUCCUGGAGGAGAUGAGCGGCGGCGGGCUGCUGUGCGAGUGGGCCGGGCGGUGGGAGGUGGUGGGCGUGGCCAUGUCCCACACCGGGUGUUACCAGGGAUCAAGGCCACGCCUCUACGACGACAUCACCUCCAACACCGUCAAGUGGAUAAAGAAGACGAUCGCAGCCUUCCAGCACAGCUCGUAACCCGCAAGUAUCAGUGACCACCUCACAGUGUAGAGACAGGGUAGGAACAUGCUGGCAGUUUUAUCGAGAUUUUGAGAAUUGUAAGCCUAUCGUGUAGAUUUGUUAUUCCAAGAGGCACAAAUCCUAAGAUCAACAUUAAGUCAGUGUUGAUUCUUUACUCUUUAUUUUUCCCCCAAGAGCCCUCGGGGGUCACUUAGCUUCCAAGGUUCUCCCUUUAGAAGAGGACUUCAGAGUUUCCGCCCUGGCGAGGGAGCCGCAGGAGGAGUGAGCUGCUGGCCUGACGUGUCCCGAAGGUGAAGCCUUCCAUAAUACUCGCACACAGCCACGCUUGGUGAAUGGCGUAUAUUCACAUAUCAAAUUCAGUAAUAUACACGAUUCUAUCUAAUGAACCCCAGAACAACCAUAUCACAUACAUAUCUCAAAUUCUAUAUAGGUUGAUGAAUGGUAUAGUCAUUUAUAUAUGAAUAAUUGUUGGCCUUGUAGAGAAUUAUCUAAUAUAAAAAUAAAUGUACGAAAGCUAUUGGAGUUAACUGGUAGAAAAAAGUUUGUGUUGGAAAAUAUACGACACUGUCCUAAAACGUAAUUUUUAUGUUAAAUACUAAUGUAUAUUUCUCUUGGUUUGGGAGAGUUUAUACAUAGUGCUUAGUUUGUGUGCAAUUCCAAAAUCCAGUGCAAGGCUCCCUCGUGCUGCUGGGGCGAGAGACGCCGCAGUAACAGUGUUGUCCUAGUGGUAGACUAGCGCUAGCGGGGCGCCGCGCCUCACCCUGCCGCUUGCACUCUGGGGCUCAGCUGGCAGCCCCUACUGCAGCCACCCCCUCCCCGGGCUGGUCUGGCAUGCCCUAGACGACUUGUCGCUGAAGGUUCCCCUAGCUGCCGCAUCUAGGUACUCGGUGUAUUAGUCGACCUGGCUACGUGGAGAAGUGUGAUUGUUACGUGGAUGGUGUGUGUCCUCACGGUCCUAUGGCUGCCUCUCGCGGGUGGUUCAUGUUUAUAUGUGCUUUCAAGUGUAGCGGUACUGACGUUGCUGAACCAUAGAUUGCCACUAAACUGUCAUGGCUGAUAUAAAUAUAUUUACUAUAUUUCAGUGACAUCUAUGGUUCAUGGCUGCUUUGUCAUUAACAGACAUGUCACUUAUAAGUGUUGUACAGAAAUCUUAAUUUGCUUUUGUUGAAGCAUGAGUCAUCUCUGACUGCAGAGAAAUUUUGUAAACUUAUAAUGACCUGUUGUAAAGAAACACAUAUCCAAGCAUUUUACUGGUGAGGUGUUUCUCUGCUCUGUAUGGUUCCCGUGGACGCGCUCAGGCAUCGGGUCUGUACCACCUGCCUGCCACGGAGCUCCAGGGGAAAGCCGCGGCGACAAAUGCAAGUAAGAGUUCUGUUCAGUAACCUGGCCUUGCACCGGGUGUGAGAUGUCGUCUGUGUGUUGUAGGGCAAAGACAGGUUUAGAGACGGAGCAUUUUUCUAUAUUCUCAUUUUUGAAAGUACUCACGUUUUGAGGGGAAGUAACUGUGCAAUGUACUUUUAGGCAUUUUACUUUUUUUUUUUUUUAGUCAGCAUAUUAAAUAGUUAUGUAUAUUUUAUUGACGUUAGAUUCUUAUAAGUCUCACAGGGUAAAGUAGAGUAUGACCGAGUCGGCGAAGGGUCAUCAGGACGCGCCUCUUUCCCACGCAGCAGCGGUACCUCCUCGGCAAGGCAGAAGAGACGAGGGCUGCCGGACAUUAAGUAUCGACUAGUAAAAUCAAUAAAAACAUGUAAAUUUAUUUUCUUAUGGCCGUUGUUUUUGUAUGAUUCCGUAUUCGAAACGUUAGUUUGCUGUAAAAAUUUAUCACAUGUCAUCUUAGUUGUGAUAUUUUCUGAAAAAAAUGUCUGACAUAGCAAGAGGCUUAUAGGGCUGAACUCCCUGCAUUUAUCAAAAUAAAGACCAGUGUGAAUGAAUCUUUGGCACUCGUGUCAAGUUGCUGGGUAAAGCCGGUGUCGGGGAGAAGCUUCCACUCACUUGCAGACACCCAGCACGUCCUCCUCCCGCGUCACGUGGGCUCACCGACCGACCGGGCGGCCCUCGCUCCCCACUGAUGCUCUUCAGGUCACCAUACGAGUGUUUGUUGUAUACUGCAGUUGUCCUUGGAGCUGACCAACGUAUAGUGUGCAUGACCUCGUUGCUUCCUCUGUGUGUGUGUGUGUGUGUGUGUGUGUGUGUGUGUGUGUGUGUGUGUGUGUGUGUGUGUGUGUGUGUGUGUGUGUGUGUGUGUUCUCGAGCUUUACAUUCCGGGUCGAUGGAAAAAAUGAGCAUUUUUUUUCAUUCGUGCAUAUCUAUGUGAUAAUUUAUCGUUUACUUGUACCAGUAAUGUAUAAUCAACAUUUAGAGAUGCAAUAAGUUAUUCAGAAAGUUGCGAAAUGUUCAGUUUUUGCUCAGCAGCAACAGUCUUCCCGCUACAAAGCAAGUGUUUGAUGCUUAUUCAGCUUUUUUUUUUUUUUACACGUUUCUAUUUCGGACCGUAAACUCCCCAUCCCUUGCCCACUCGUCACUCGCCUUCUCAUAAGUGUUUCCUUCCCUGCAUUCCUCUCCCUCCGUGUGGCCUGCACCACUAGACGGACAUAUCUAACUUUCCUCUAAACACUUGAUUUGUUGGUGGGAACAUAUGAUUUAUUGUUUAUUUAUUAAUACUGUUACUAUUAUUAUUAUUAUUAUUAUUAUUGUUAUUAUUAUUAUUAUUAUUAUUAUUAUUAUUAUUAUUAUUAUUAUUAUUAUUAUUAUUAUUAUUAUCGUCAUUAUCAUUACUACUAUGUAUGCAGCAGUUAAUUAUCUUUUCACUACAUCAAAACUAAAGAAAAGACUGCAGGCAGUCAGUAAACAUUUUUUAUAACAUAUUACGAAGUCAAAGUUUUCAGUAUAGGAAAAUCGUACAUUUAAAUACAAGGAAAUGCUUGCUGUUCAUACAGACGCAACAAAAGAGAUCUUGCAGUGGGGUUCGCAGAUUUUUUUUUUUUUUAUUAUUAUUAUUAUAUCGGCCACAUCCCUUAUUUAAUUGCUUUCAAACCUAAAGAGUUUUUCAUAACACACAUUACUUGUGUAUGCUUUCUACAUUGUCUUUUGUUUACCAAAAUUGCAAAUGAAUACGUAAAAUCUGGUUGAUUCCCACCCUUAGAUACCUUCCUAUCGUAUGUCCUGGACACAGACCACUUUUAUUGCGAGUCGUUCACUGCUCCUUGCGUGCCAGGACUGGCCUGAGUACUCAACAGUUCAUUUUCUAGAAGGCCGUGGCCGAACGUUCUUGUCAGGCGAGUGUUGUACGUAAAUCAACAAAAGAUCUGUCAGGAACGGACACUUCGAAAUGGUGUGAUGCAAAGAUUCAGCAAUCAUGUAUACUACUACUACUACUACUACUACUACUACUACUACUACUACUACUACUACUACUACUACUACUACUACUACUACUACUACUACUACUACUACUACUACUACACUGAUGAUGAUGAUGAUUUAUAAUAAUGAUAAUGAUGGUAAUGUUACUUUAUUGUUUUCGCUGUCACUGGCCAACUUUUCCCCGACGCCGGCAGCCGGACACACGCGCGGCCAGCCGGACGCACUGUGUGUAUCAUACUGAGCACUGAGCACUGAGCAGAUCUAGAUAUCGAAAUAGGUAGAAAUUUCACUCUAGUCUACUUUGUUAGGUGGAGCUGUUUUAUAUGUGUAGCGCUAGUGUGUGGGGCGGAGAGACGCAGCGUGUUGCCGAGAGGCGGGGCGGCGGGCGGGUCCGGGCUGGUUUGGGCGGGCUGGUGUUCUAGUGGGUCUCCCGUGCACUGUGCCCCGCCCCGCCCCGCCCCCAAGAGUUAGCUGCGCGCUGUCCCGUCCUGCGAGGAUUCAUGUAACGUGGCAGUAUUGUGUAAUGCAUAAGAAUGUUACGACAUAUUAUUUUUGUUGAAUGCCUGAAUUUAUUAAUUGCUUGAAAAAAAAAUAUAUGCGACAUAUUUUUUCAUAGGUCUUAAGCCAUUCGCAGGGUGUACAUGCAGGUAUCCUCUUCUCUCUUGAGUCUUAGUCAAAAUUCACCACACAUUCAAAAUUCUCAUUAAUUACGGGCACAAAAUAGCAUAGAGUAUAUUUUUAAUCAGUAUGCACAACGGGUUAUUCGUUAGUAGGGUUUUUUUUUUGUUUUUUGUUUUUUUUCCAUUUCGGACCACCAGUAUUGUUUCAUCGGCCACCCCCUCAGUGAGCCUCGCCCUGCCUUGGCCGUCCCGUGCGCCGGGCUUAUGCUCGUUUCCAUGAUACUGAUGUACCCCGGCUUCUUCCAGUGAAAGUGUAUUACCCUCAAGAACAUGUGACAAAUGCUGC